GCCAAGUCUUUCUUACAGUCUGCAGCUAUGGCAGCUUCUUCAGAUUUGCAGACAACUUCUGAAUCUAUCAACCACAGUGAUGAUGGUGAAAAGUACGCUGAUGGUGUCAAAUGGGAUGAACUGGGAUUUGUAAUAACUCCAACUGAUUUCAUGUACACCAUGAACUGCUCCGAUGGAAAUAUCUUUUCACAAGGACAUCUCAUCCCCUAUAGGAAUAUUGAGCUUUGUCCAUCUGCUGGAAUCUUGAAUUAUGGACAGGGAAUAUUGGAAGCUCUUAAGGCCGUGAGAACAGAAGAUGGUCGUAUUAUGCUAUUCCGGCCGGAAGAGAAUGCUCUAAGAAUGAAGAUGGGUGCAGAGAGGAUGUGCAUGCCCUCUCCAUCCGUAGAGCAAUUUGUUGAUGCUGUGAAGCAAACUGUCCUCGCCAAUAAGCGUUGGGUACCACCUCCAGGAAAAGGAUCACUAUAUCUUAGGCCUUUGCUCAUGGGAAGUGGAUCUGUUCUUAGUGUUGGACCGGCACCAGAGUGCACAUUCCUGAUAUAUGCUUCUCCGGUUGGUAACUCUUCUCCGGUUGGUAAUUACCACAAGGGAAGGACAUCCCUGAACCUGUAUGUUGAGGAUAAACUCCGUAGAGCUACCCCCGGUGGAACUGGAGGGAUCAAGUCUAUCACCAAUUAUGCACCAGUUUACCAGGCACAGAAGCAAGCAAGAGCCAAAGGGUUCUCUGAUAUCUUAUACCUGGAUUCUGUAACCGGUAAAUGUAUUGAGGAGAUAUCUGCUGCUAACAUUUUCAUUGUCAAGGAUAAUGUUAUUUCCACUCCAGCAUUAGUACAUGGAACUAUUCUGCCCGGAGUUACUCGUUCAAGCAUAAUGGAGAUUGCCCUUGAUUUAGGUUAUCAGGUGGAGGAGCGUCUAAUUCCGCUGGAGGAUUUGCUUGAAGCUGAUGAAGCCUUCUGCACCGGAACUGCCGUGACUGUCAACCCUGUUGGUUCAGUAACUUAUGACACUAAAAGAGUGGAGUACAAAACAUGGGAGGGAACAGUAUCUCAGAAGCUGUAUGAAACGCUAACAGGAAUCCAAACUGCUCGUCUCGAGGACAAGAAGGGAUGGACCCUGGAGGUCAAAUAA